UAAAAGGUAAAAAAGGGAGAAAAUAGCUCCAACACAAAAAAAGGACUGAAAAAAUGGCGGAUGCGAGGGUGAGUGUUAGAGAGGUUGUCGUGUGUAACGACAGGUGUGGUUGUCCUUCCCCUUGUCCCGGUGGCGGGUCUUGCAGGUGCACAACGACGGAGACCACAAGUGGGGCGGACCACAAGCGGUGCUCGUGCGGCGACCACUGCGGUUGCAAUCCAUGUACAUGCAGCAAGGACGAUGUGGCUGCAGGGACAGGGAAGCUGUACUGUAAAUGCGGGACGGGUUGUACCUGUGCCACUUGUGCUUCUUGAGCAGAGAUUUUGGUUUUGGUUUUGGUGUUACAUAUGUAUGUCAGUUGUUUUGCAUGUUUGGUGUUACUACUAAAUAAUCCAAUACUCGAUUUAUGAGAUGUUUUAAGUAA